GUCCUUGCGAAUUCUUUCGGUGAUGUUUGUCCGGUCGAAGGACAAGCAUCAACUGAAAAUGAUGUGCCAGUCUCUUUUUCACCCUGGCGAAUUUUUACAUUUCCUACCCUUACCCAAAAACAAUAAAGCGCCAUGAGCCCUGCAGCCUCACUUUCACCACCGGGGGACACUCACCUCGACGGAGGCCUCGCCUGCACUCAAGUGCCGUCUCCCUACCGCCAUGGCACGGCACCCUUCGAACACGAACGACUCCCCUACCAGACCCUCACCCUUGCCAAGCUAGACCGACCAAGAUAACCUGCUAGGGUGCAAGUAAUCGAAGUGGAAAAAGGGCGGGGUAAACAAUGUGCGUGAAUCGCAAGCUGACCGAGGUUGCCGGAACAGUCACUGGAACACUUGUCGUCGCCUUGUUUGUUGCCUUACGGGGUGGGCGAAUGAAAGACUGAGGCCACCACGGGCUGGCCUAAAUUUGCCUGAACUGAGAAAAGAAAAAGCAACGUCGAGAGAACAAAUGGCAGCCAUACAAUUUGCCACCCCACAGUUGCGUUCAGGCCAGCCUCGCCCAACACAUGGGCCAAAUGGUCCACGGGUCGUUGGGUUGUUACGAUGGGGUGAGCAUGUCCGUCUCCCUACAGCGGCGUAGGGUUUGAAUCGCAGCGCUCCAUGUUGUACGAGGGCCCCUUUCGAAGCUCAUGACGCGCGUUCUCCCAUCUUCGGGGGAGCCAGACGUAAUUCUACACUGAGGUGUACCAGCACCGGCCAUGCUCAAAACACGCUCAUGUCGCCCUCAAUUUGAGGUUCUCUUUCCUUAGACAGUGGCUCUAUAGAUCGAAUAUACCAACAAGAUUUCGAAGACGUGUAUCGAUCCAUUUACUGAUCGAAGCAACUCUUGCUCACCAUGGACAGCCGACACAUCCAGGAGCAGGUGACUCCUGACCAGCAAAGGGUCAACAUUGCCGGCAGCAACAGCCAUGCACCGAGAACUCCAUUCCCGAACCACUUCCAAGAUUCCUUCCAAGACUCGACAACUGCCCGCGCUGUCCUGGCAACGGUCCUAGAAAUUAUCGAAGUCUCUGGGAAUGAUCUCAACUCGACAUACUCUAACACGGACCGUCGUGCUGGGUGCCCAAUGCUGAAGUGCUUCCAUGUCUCUAAAACGCCAAUGGAGCAAAUCUAUCACGUCACACGAUGUGCGGAAGCUUGCAAGGGGGAGGUCCAGUGCUGGACAUGCCACAAGUGCCACGAAUUCAAGAAAUGGCAUACCAUGUGCAACACUCUCAAGAGUCCAGUUGAGCUGUUAAGGAAGCUCUCGAAGGGGAAGCGUGGCAGCCACGCUAGCGGAGGAGGCCCUUCUGCGAACAAGAAAGGCAAGACUGCAGCGAACGACGACUUCGCGGUUCUGUCAACGAAGGAGAGCCACGGUGUCGAGAGCAUGUGGCUGCCGGAGAUGGAAGACCGUACCAGCUUUGUCCCGCAGGAGAUCGCCUCCCAGAACGCUGCUCUUGAGUUAGACGCAGCCGUCAACAACCUCCCCUUGCCCCCACAGCCGAGGAAUUACGAGAUGACUCGGCCUCUCCCAACGCCACCAUCAACGAGAGACAACUCCUGGAGUGAACUUUCGCAGAACUCGGUCGCCUACGGGGACGCAAAGGUCGUCACGCGUGCACUCGGGCAGCCACCACCCCCCUACAUAGUAUCUGCUCAAACCACAGCGGAUGGAUAUCAGCCCCAAGACAACGUCACAGACAGCCUGCGGCUCGGAAUUCCUCCGGUUCAAUACAUUCAAGAGUCGAGUUUCAUAGAGUCUCCCGGAGACAUUGAGGCAGAUGACGCCCUGUGGGCACAAGACGCACAGGUCAACUUGGCGUUUCUGCCCUCCGUGCCGAAUCCCACUACAUCUUCUCAGUAUGAUAGCGCUUCAGAAAAGAGUGCAUCCAUGUUCUCCAGAUCUUUCCCAGCCUCUCGCACGCACUAUCCGCACAUGCACAAGGAGGACACGUGGUCCGGGCAACUCGACUGUUCAGUCGAUAUCCCAGGACCGCCUCCGUUCGAGCACCAGCAACGUCAGGCAAUAGACGACGUCCCUGCCGAAUUCGCCGCACAGAGUUUCUCAGAACCUCCUACCAGCCAAGAGGACACGGGAGCCAGACUCCCGGUCCAGAGGCAAUCGAGUUUCGACGCCGGGGCACAAGACAGCAUCACAGUGAGCGUGUCGGAGGACGGGCGCCACGAGCACUCUGCCAGUGCCCCCCGUAGACAGCAGCACCCAGCCAGGCGCGGCGCCAGGGAGCGGAAACAGCAGGCCGGCCCCGGUGCCGCCCAGCAGGAGUACGAGGAGUGCACGCUCUGCCGGCAGCGGUUCGGCGGCAUACCCAAGAACCGCAAGCAGCACCUCAAGCGGCACCUGGCGUCCAGGCACGGCGACGCGCGCUUCCGGUGCGCCCAGCCCGGCUGCCGGCACAGCUACAACCGCAUGGACAACCUCCACGGCCACGAGAAGAAGUGCCACCCGGGCGGCAGGCCCGGGCUGCCACGGCGGCAGCCCGGGAGCCCCGCGGUGGCCGAGCUCGCGGCGGGCGACGUUGAGAUGCGCGGGCGACCACGGGCAGCAUCAGCGAGCGUGGAACCCGCGGCGCGGGGGGGCUACACCGAACAACAUCACGGGCAGGAGGACCCAGGCGCGAUACAGACGACCCAUAUGGCAGUCUACGGAUAUCCCGUGGCAACCGAGGAAGAGCACGGCUGGGGCCACGGCGAGGUUGUCAUCGAAGACCCCAGGAGGGCAAGGGCCACCGCCGGGAUGAUGCUCGACGCGGGUGAGUGGAACGUACUCAUGGCAGGCGUGUCCGGGGGGCAGCACGACUACGAAGACGAGGCGGGGAUGGAGGAGGUCGGGCCUCCUGACGUCGGGCACGACGGGCUGGCCCCGAAGCCCCUGGUCCUGCCGUGUGUUUCAUGGAGGGAAUGAUGAGGCUGACGGUGCGAGCGGGCGCUUCCACCUACAAGAGGACAGGCAUCCCAUCUCACAUAAGGGUGAUGAUUAGCAACGAGUUAAUGCUCGCUCGAAACAAAAGUCAGUUCAAGGAGCAAGUCGUAAUAGGACGAGGACUGAGUUUUCAGUCGUGGGUUAUUAAUAGUAUAGGUAAUGCCAAAUUUUGUCAUUGAUCA